UUCCUAGUAAUAAAAUACUUGCUGUAUUGGAGCUAUGCCGAAUGUAUGAAUGGUACUUACUGAAUGGACAAAUAUCAUCUACCGUGUGUAUGGCUAUUAUUAUGAAUUUAAAAGCAAGUGUGCAUUAAAUUUGAGUUUUUUUGAACGGAGUUUGGUGUAACCCACUCGAGAAGAAACGUCAGGUUAGUAUCCAGCUGUUGCACCUGCGCGCAUCGUUACCUUUAAGAUGCUCGGAGGCAAAGCCUUGUUUUAGCUAAGAGAGGUCCGGUGACCGCGCGACGGUCGUUUAUUAGGAAUUACCGUCGUUGUUGUUUUAAUUCGACGUAGAGGAAUUAACGGACAGAGCUGAUUCUUAUACAUUUCGGAUUUCAUUAUGUGUCGGCCUACCGUGAAGCAGCGGCGGGCGGGGGCGAGAGGGACGGCACGAGACGAGACGGGGUCCGCGAGGAGGGUGCAUGCUCAAAAUCCUUUCCCUUUAAAGCGGAGAGGGACAGAGGGGGUGAAGGAGAGAUAAAAAAAGAAGGAAGAAAGACAGCGAGGGAGGGAGGGCGAGAGAGAGGGAGAGCGAGUUUGAAAAAAAAAGAAAGAUGUUACCGUGUCGAUUGAAACACCGAGGCGGAGCCACGGACCUUAGCCGAGCAGGAGCGCUCUAGUUAGGGGACGAGCUGUACGCAACGCCGAGGCUUGGGACCCGACGCCGCGGCCUUUUUCCGGAGCUAUCGCAAAAACAUAAAUGACACCUGCUAACAGCUGCUAUGAUUAGCCAUACAUCCUUCUCAUCUUCAAUAUAAAAUAAUCUCUUCUUUGCAUGCAAUUCACCAAAUUUUAUUCCAGUAGACAUAAGCAAAUUAUAUUAAAAUGCACCAUUAAAGGAAGCAUGAUAACAACCAUUGUGUCGCAUUUUACAAGAAGCAUCUUAGUGCCUGUUUAACGCCAACAUAUUGCCAUAUAAAUUCAUAAUUAUCAGCCGAAUUACUAAUAAGUAUUAGCCGAUUUAAGCUAAAUAUCGUCCGCUGUCAUUGUCUAUGUGGCAUUAGUUAAGCCGGGCAGGUAGAGGAGAGAUCCAGGCCUCAGAUUGUGUUUUCACAGCAGCAGUAGGAGCGUUUGGUCCUUGGCUCCGUCCCCCUCCUCCCUCCCCUCUUUGCUCCCGGGGUGCUGAGCUGUUCAGGAUGGAUACCUCCUGGAGCAAUUUCCUCUUUCAGACGGCGUCGACCCCGAGCCAGGCGGAGACGCCUCUGCUGCCGGAGCUCAGCGGCCCUGCUCCGAGUCCUCAGGCGGAGCACAUGGCCUCGCCGCCGUCCACCGUGGACAUGGCCUCACCGCCGUCCACCGUGGACACGGCCGCCCUCAGCGAAGAGCCGCUGCCAGUCAAAGCGCUGGCCAGGCCGAGCCGGCCGGCCCACAUCUGCGCCACCUGCAACAAGGAGUUCAAGAACAGCUACAACCUUCGCCGGCACCAGUCGGUGCACACGGGCAUCCGGAUGAAGGACCGCGCGGCGAGGGAGAGGGAGGACGCGGGGAAGGGGGCGCGGGGGGAGAGGCAGCCGGUGCCCCUGUCCCUCCUCCAGCUCACGCUGCCACUGCAGCCUGCGCCUCCCUCACUCCCCCCCAACGCCACUGACCCCCAGCACGGUCAGCACGCCAGCCAAGAGAGCCAGACGGUGUCUGUGUCCAUCGCCCCGGCGACCGUAACCAUGGCUGCACCGCCUCAGCCCAUCCAGGCAGCCGUUGUUGUUGUGGGCUCCAUGGAGCAGACCCCCACGCCCACGCCCACGCCCAACCAGGUGAGGAAGAACCACGCCUGCGAGGCGUGUGGGAAGGCCUUCAGAGACGUCUACCACCUGAACCGCCACCGCCUGUCCCAUUCGGACGAGAAGCCGUACUCGUGUCCCAUCUGCCAGCAGCGCUUCAAGAGGAAAGACCGGAUGAGCUACCACGUCCGCUCGCACCAGGGCGCCGUGGAGAAACCCUAUGUCUGCCCGCACUGCGCCAAGGCCUUCUCUCGCCCGGACCACCUGAACAGCCACGUCCGACAGGUGCACUCUACCGAGAGACCGUUCAAGUGCACGACGUGCACGUCAGCGUUUGCCACGCGGGACCGUCUGCGCGCCCACCUGGUCCGUCACGAGGAGAAGGUGCCGUGUCACAUCUGUGGGAAGCUGCUGUCAGCCGCGUACAUCACGGACCACAUGAGGGUCCACAACCAGUCGCAGCACCACGCCUGCCACCUCUGCAACCGCAGCUUCACCACGCUCACCUACCUGCGCGUCCACGCCCAGAAGCACCACGGCCAGGAGUGGAAGGAGAGUGGCGGGGCGCGGGGGGGCUUUGGCGGGACGGGGGCCGGCGGGGUGCUGCUCUGCCAGCUGUGCGGGGUGCAGUGCAAGACGGCCACGCAGCUCCAGGGCCACAUGGGCACCCACGGCAGCCAGGGGAGACCCCGGCGUGGGCCAGACCAGCACCGGCCCCGUGGGCACCACCAGCGUGGCCGUCACCGUGUCCAGCGCCAGCGCAGUGGGACUGCUGGUAACGGACUGCUCCGGUAUCGCCCCCCAGACUCACAGCUAGCAGGCUGGGGGGGCGUGGGGGGGGCGGGUGGGGGGGUGGAGGAGAGAGGGGGCUGCUGGGUAAACGAGGAGGACAGAACCAGAGAGACAGCAUCCAGUCCAGUGUCUUUGCCGACUGGCAGAAGUGGACGUAGCCCGGGGGAAGCUGGAAGUCGUCUGUCCUCCUCAGCGUCGUUUCACGGCCGUUUCUGACCUUUUUACUUCCCGCUCCAUCGGCAGUGUCACACUGCUGACCUGCCACAAACUCUGAGAGACAAACUGGGAACUGUCCAGAGCCUAGGAAGA